CCUCUUGAUCCUAGUUCCUAACUGGUAUCUGUCUCUAAUUUUUUUUCAGUCAAAAAACGUGAACUUUCAAAUGCUAUGAACAUGGAAACCCUAACCGUUUUUCGUCCUCAGUUUCCGUCGACUGACCGCUUCUCUGCAACGCCCUCCAUCAACUUUAACACCACAUUCUCACCUUCAAGUUGGAGUUCAAGUAAGAGUUCAAGCUCUCUCUCUCUACGCACUUUCGGUCACCGUGUCCGUAUUCUCAAAUGCGCUGCCUCUCCUUCGUUAGUAGAUCAGUUUUCUAAAUUUCACGAAGCUUCCAGGAAUGGGAAUUUGAUUCCUUUGUACCGAUGCAUAUUCUCAGACCAUCUAACUCCUGUGUUAGCAUACCGGUGUUUGGUUAAAGAAGAUGAUAGAGAUGCUCCAAGCUUUUUGUUUGAGUCAGUUGAACCUGGUUUGCUGGUUUCCAGUAUUGGGAGGUAUAGCUUUGUUGGAGCUCAACCAACAAUUGAAAUUGUUGCAAAAGAGAAUAUGGUUACAGUCAUGGACCACGAGGAAGGCAAGAGGACAGAGGAGAUUGUGGAGGAUCCAAUGGUGGUUCCGAGGAGGAUAAUGGAGGGAUGGAAACCCCAACUUAUUGAUGAACUUCCAGAAGCAUUUUGUGGUGGAUGGGUUGGUUAUUUUUCAUAUGAUACCGUCCGCUAUGUGGAGAAGAAAAAGAUGCCCUUCUCUAGUGCCCCACCGGAUGACAGAAACCUUCCUGAUGUUCAUCUUGGCCUUUAUGAUGAUGUGAUUGUGUUUGAUCAUGUGGAGAAGAAAGCAUAUGUGAUUCAUUGGGUGCGGUUAGAUCGAUUUUCUUCUGUUGAGGAGGCCUUUAAUGAUGGAAUGAACCGGUUGGAAAACUUAGUAUCUAGAGUACAUGAUAUAGAUCCACCGAAGCUUCCAUCUGGUUCAAUAAAGUUGCAUACUCAUCUUUUUGGCCCCAAAUUGAAGACAUCAAGCAUGACAAGGGAAGAAUACAAGGAAGCAGUAUUGAAGGCUAAGGAGCAUAUCAUGGCUGGUGAUAUUUUCCAGAUUGUAUUAAGUCAGCGUUUUGAAAGACGGACUUUUGCUGACCCGUUUGAAAUCUAUAGGGCACUGAGGAUUGUCAAUCCAAGUCCAUAUAUGACAUAUCUACAAGCUAGAGGGUGUAUACUGGUUGCUUCAAGUCCAGAAAUUCUUACACGUGUAAAAAAGAAUAAGAUUACAAAUCGACCUCUUGCUGGAACUGUUAGAAGAGGGAAGACACCUAGAGAAGAUCUCAUGCUUGAGAAGGAGCUUUUGAGUGAUGAAAAGCAAUGUGCAGAACACAUUAUGCUAGUUGACUUGGGGAGGAAUGAUGUUGGAAAGGUCUCUAAAUCUGGUUCUGUGAAGAUUGAAAGGCUUAUGAAUGUUGAGCGGUAUUCUCACGUUAUGCAUAUAAGCUCAACAGUCACGGGAGAGUUACUUGAUCAUUUAACCAGCUGGGAUGCUUUGCGUGCUGCACUACCUGUUGGGACUGUUAGUGGAGCACCAAAGGUGAAAGCCAUGGAGUUAAUUGAUGAGCUGGAAGUCACACGUCGUGGGCCAUAUAGCGGUGGUUUUGGUGGCAUUUCAUUUACUGGUGAUAUGGACAUUGCCCUUGCUCUUAGAACUAUGGUUUUCCCAACAAGCACACGUUAUGACACAAUGUAUUCGUACAAGGAUGUGAACAAACGCCGCGAAUGGGUUGCUCACCUCCAAGCCGGGGCUGGAAUUGUGGCUGACAGUGAUCCAACUGAUGAGCAGAGGGAGUGUGAGAAUAAAGCAGCUGGCCUUGCCCGUGCCAUUGAUCUUGCAGAAUCCUCAUUUGUCAACAAACGAUCCCAUUCGGACACAAGUUCUAAGUAAUACGCAUUUGCUUGCAGUCACUUCAAGUUGUCUCUCUGCAGGGAAAGGGGACGUCAAUUGGUGAAUGUGAAAUUGAAAGUGAACGAACACUGGGCUUAAAUGUUAUUUUUGGACAGGAGAUGUUUUUUUUUUUUUUUCUUUUUUUUGAGCGGAAACGAAACAUCCAAUUGUAAGCCGAGAGACGUGCUAAUAGAUGAAUUGUUAUGUUACUCAUUAUGUUGAAUAAUUAGCAGAAGAUGAGCAAUGCUUUUGAAGACA